AUGCAGAAACAAUACGAUUCUUUAAAAUUGGUCAAAGUAGAAAAUGUUGGGGAUUUCGUGUACAAAGUAUCUCUGAACCGCCCAAAUAAAUUCAAUGCGCUGAAUAUGGAAAUUUGGAAAGAAAUCGGAGAUUGCUUCCAGCUAAUUGAUGAAGACCCGGAUUGUCGAGUUGUCAUUUUACAAGGGGAGGGAAAACACUUCUGCUCCGGUCUUGAUUUGGGAGGUGUAUCGUUUUUGAACGGAGACAACGACACCGAUGAUUCUGCAAGAAAAGGUCGAAAUAUUCAUAGAACCAUCAAGUUUAUGCAAAAACAGUUCACUUAUAUCGAUGAGUGCUCCAAACCAGUUAUCCUAGCAAUGCAUGGAUACUGUCUGGGUGCUGCCAUUGACAUUGCGACUGCUUGUGACGUUCGAGUUGCCACGAAAGACGCCGUACUCUCUGUGAAAGAGGUUGAUAUCGGAAUGGCAGCCGAUGUUGGAACAUUGAACCGACUACCCAAAGUGGUAGGCAAUCACAGUUGGAUCAAGGAUGUUUGUAUGACUGCCCGCCAUUUCUCAGCAGGAGAAGCACUUCAAUUCGGUCUUCUCAGUCGUGUCUUUGACACCCGCGAAGAAAUGAUAAAUGAUGUGACGAAGAUGGCAAAACUGAUUGCUUCGAAAAGUCCGGUUGGAGUACAGGGGACGAAGAAUGUUUUAAAUUACGCAAGAGAUCAUUCGAUUGAGAACAGUUUGAAUUAUGUGGCCACGUGGAACAUGUCGCAACUGUUCACUGAUGACCUCAUCAAAGCGAGUAUGGCAUCCUUCUCCAAAAAACCACAGCCUCCAUUUUCAAAGUUGUAA